AUGUAUAAUUGUGGUAUGCGACAAAUGGAAGAGAGGCAUGUUGCCAAUCAGAUAGAACUUAUGGUAUGGAGUCACCGUUUAGAUUUAAUAGCGAUUAGCAACUUUAAGGGAGAAGUUCAAGUACACAGACUGCAUUGGCAAAAAGUAUGGACCUUACCACCACCUCAAGAAAAUACUAAAGUUGAUUCAAUGGCUUGGAGACCUGAUGGCAAGGCUCUAGCAAUCGGCUAUAACAAUGGCAGUGUGUAUAUCAUUGAUAUUGAGGAUAAGUCAGUUAUUAAUAACUAUGAUUUUGGCAAAGAAUGUGAGAAUCAGUCAAAGUUCAAAAACUAUGGUAUUACCUGUAUACGCUGGGCUGUAAAGUCGGGUACCCUAGAAAGUGCUACUGAAUAUAAUCUCUAUGAUGACUCUUGUCUUUUCCUAUUAAAACCACCAUUACCAAAUGUCACCUACAAAAAUCAGAGCUCUAAUGAAAGUGAAAUGGAGUUCAAAGAUAAUUCAGAUCAAUUUAAUCAACUAAACUUGUUGAUGGUUGCUUAUGGCACUGGAAAUAUAUUUUUAAGUGUUUUUGGGAGAUAUCCAUAUAGAAGUAUUCACUUGUCGCAGUUUACUAAUGAUCCACAAGGCGACUAUGGAGUGCUUGACAUACAGUUAUCAGAUGAUUUUAGUAUCAUGCAAGUGCUUUUUAUAGAAAGAUCUACGAACAGAAUUUUGGUUUCGGUUGCAAAUACAAGUAUUUUGUCAGCAUAUUCUGAAGAAUUAUCAGUUAUAGCAAACACACAAGGGCGCAUAUAUCAAAUGCUUACACACCUUAAUAAAACAAUGAAAGCAGUAACAGAAGCUUGGGAACAUAUUUUGUUAGAAAUGGAUACAAAAAUGGCACUGUAUGCAUCAACAGUUCCUGAAGGAGGUGUUUCUGCUGAUUUAUUAGAAUUGUUAAUGUUAGGUGUACCUUCAGAUGAUUUAGAGAGAUUUUUACUAAGAGAUUUAACAGCAAAAGGUCUAAAGAAGUUUGGGAGUUCGGUCGAAUUAAGCUAUUCAACUAUACAAAAAUUAGUUCUGAAACAGUUAAAUAUAGUUGGUCAAAAUCUUGUCUAUCAUCUAUCACAGCUAAGGGGUCUUGCUCGAAUUCCAGAUAGAUAUAAGGUGUUGGGAUUGGACGAACAUAAAGUGACUGCAGCAAUAAGAGGUUGCUUUGCAUUUUUGAAUAAGUGUCUUGAGUUGCAGCAAGUUAUUGAUGUAUCAAUGAGAAACUAUAAAGCUUUUUUUCGUUGGUUGUUUGUUGUAAUAGUGCGCUUACUUGAUGAACAAACACCAAGUGAAAUAGUAAAAAUAACACAACAGGAAUUAACACAUAUUGCAGACUUUUUGUACAACUUCGACAAUGUUCAUGAAGAAAACAAUGAUAGUACAUCUGAAAAGCCUAUAAAAUUUAAUUUAGAACGGUUAGGUCAAUAUUUACAAGACCAAGAACUAACUAUUUUUCCAGACGACGAAGAAAAUCCUUGGAAUAAAAUUGUUACGGAAAAUGCUUGUUUAUCUAAAGAAAACGAUACAAUAUUUUCAAUAGACGAAUUCAAAAAGUAUUCUCUCAUACAACAACAAAAACAUAUGACUCAUCAUAUUGAAGAAGUCUUCAAUAUUCACCACAAAGAUAUUGCACAGAAUAUCUCAGUUUUUUAUAACAUUAAAUGCUAUGAUAGUGAUAUUGAUUUAAAUGUGAAAGAAAACCUUAAACUAUCCCAGAUUUUUGAUGAAGAACAACAAAGAUUUAUGAUGGCUCUUGUAAACACUAAGUUACCUCUUCAAGGAUUCUACUUAAUGUCUGUGAGGGUAAAUGAUAGAUUGUGUUCUGCAACAGCUUGCGAAUAUAUUUUUUCAAGAAGUCUAAUAAUUGAUAACAAUGAACAAUCAGACGAAAGGCUAGAGAUUUUAGAUCUCCAAUUCUAUUCUUCAGAAUAUUUGUCAAUGCUUUUAAAACACCCUUAUGAGGACGAUAGCACCUUAUUUGUACAACUUCCUUUAAAAAUUGCUCUCGAACAUUCUCAGGAAUUUAGUAUGAAGUGUAAGAAUAUAAUAUUUAAUGAAGAUAUGCCAAAAGUAGAUCUUUCUGCUUACUUAGAUUCCAGUGUAUAUAAAAUUUUGGACAAAAUGAAUGGGCAUAAAAUAGCUGUUUCCGGAGCGAGAAAAGUAGCAGUUAUUUUAUCAAAUACUCAAAGGAAAGUAAAAGUUUUUGAAACAGAAACAAAUAGUGAAGAAGAGGAUGAUGACAUAUUUGAUAAAACAGCACAAUCAAGUUUAGAACAAAGUGACACUAGCCAUGCAACACCUGGCAGAAGUGACACUAGGGAAAAUAUUUCAUUUUAA